AGUCGUGAAAUCCGAAUUGCUACGAAAGUCUUUUCCGUCCCACUUCAUAGCAUUUUGACGUGUGACAACAAUGCAGCAAGUGCACCCUGAUAUUAAGAAGCUCAAUGAUCCGUUGAGGCUUAUCCUCAAAGAACUGCAGGACAUCGGCGAGAAGAAAGGUAAAUUAAUCGAGACCCGGCGUCAACUUGGUGGGCAGAAGAACGAGAACGAGCUUGUCCGUGACGAGCUCAACAGACUCGAGCCGGAUGCGAGUGUGUAUAAGCUGAUCGGCCCCGCGCUUGUCCCGCAAGACCAGAGUGACGCCAAGACCAUCAUCGGGAACCGCCUCGAUUAUAUCAACGGCGAAAUUAAGCGCACCGAUAUCAGUAUCGCUGACAUAGAUCGCAAAGAGAACGAGUUACAGAAAAAGGCCCAGGAACUGUAUCGGAAAAUGCAAGAGCGUCAAAGUCAGCUUGUUCAACAGCAGCAGCAGCAACAACAGAAGUAA